AUGGUUCUUUUGCAGGCAAAAUUGCGCAAGCGUAACAAAGAAGAAACAGCUGAGAGUUAUUUCUUGGCCGGAAGAUCUUUAGUCUGGUGGAUGGUAGGGGGAUCCUUGUUUGCCAGUAAUAUUGGUGGUUCACAAUUUAUUGGUGUGUCUGGUGACGCAGCCGCAACUGGUAUUGCGGUCGUCUCCUAUGAAUGGCAGGUAUGUUAUAGUACGUUUGCCAUGGUAUGGUAUGGAGUAUGCCAUGGUUUGGUAUGGUAUGGUAUGGUAUGGUAUGGUAUGGUAUGGUAUAGUAUGGUAUGCUGUGGUAUGGUAUGGUAUGGUAUGGUAUGGUAUGGUAUGAUAUAAUCAUGAUAUAUGAUAUAUGGUAUGGUGUGGUACGAUAUGGUAUGGUAUAGUGGUGGUGAUAUGGUGCAUAUGCAUGGUGUGUUGGUGGUUAAGUUUGCCAGUAAUACUGGUGGUUCGUGGUUCAUGGUUCAUGUUGAUUGGUGUGUGGUGUGACGUAGUCGCAACUGGUAUUGCAGUCAUCUCUUAUGAAUGGCAGGUAUGUUAUAGUACAUCUGGUCUGGUCUGGUCUGGUCUGGUCUGGUCUGGUCUGGUCUGGUAUGGUAUGGUAUGGUAUGGUAUGGUAUGGUAUGGUAUGGUAUGGUAUGGUAGGGUAUGGUUUGGUAUGGUAUGGUAUGGAGUAUGCCGUGGUUUAGUAUUGUUUUCUGUGGUAUGGUUUGGUAUUGUAUGGUAUGGUAUGGUAUGGUAUGGUAUGGUAUGGUUUGGUAUGGUAUGGUAUGGUAUGGUAUGGUAUGGUAUGGUAUGGUAUGGUAUGGUAUGGUAUGGAGUAUGGCAUGGUUUGGUAUUGUUUUCUGUGGUAUGGUUUGGUUUGGUAUGUUAUGGUAUGGUAUGGUAUGGAGUAUGUCAUGGUUUGGUAUUGUUUUCUGUGGUAUGGUUUGGUUUGGUAUGGUAUGGUAUGGUAUGGUAUGGUAUGGUAUGGUAUGGUAUGGUAUGGUAUGGUAUGGUAUGGUAUACAGUGGUAUGCCAGCGAUAUGAUAUGGUAUAUAGUGAUGGUGAUAUGUGUAUGAUGUGUUGGUAGUAGUUUACCAGUAAUAUUGGUGGUUCGUGAUUCAUGUUGAUUGGUGUGUGUGGCGAUGUAGCCGCAACUGGUAUUGCAGUCAUCUCUUAUGAAUGGCAGGUAUGUUAUUGUAUGUUUGGUAUGGCGUGGCGUUGGCGUGGCGUUGGCGUGGCGUUGGCGUGGCGUUGGCGUGGCGUUGGCGUGGCGUUGGCGUGGCGUUGGCGUGGUGUUGGCAUGGUAUUGUAUGGCAUGGUAUUAUGGUUUAGCAUGGAAUAUGCUAUGGUUUAGUAUGGCAAUGUAUGCUAUGCUACAAGUAUGCUAUGCUGUGGUAUGGCAUGGUUUGGUAUGAUAUCUUAUGGCAACGUAAGACUUUUGCAUGAUUAUGUUUUUAGGCAUCCUGGAUUUUGCUACUUCUUGGAUACUUAUUUGUGCCUGUUUAUUUGAAAGGAGGGGUAAGUACAUAAAUGAGUAGACUAACAGUGACAAGAAAAAUUGAAGUAGUUGAAACUUGCCGAAUUACUACUAUACUAAGUGAGUAAACUUUAUAAAAGUAACAAAUCAUAGAUUUUAAUCUUCUCUUUUAUCUAUAGAUAUUUACAAUGCCCGAGUACCUUGAAAAACGGUACAAAAGUCCAGUCAUGCGAGGAAUUCUGACUUUUAUUGCUUUAGUCAGCUAUGUCUUUACUAAGAUUUCUGUAAGUAUAUAUGCAAAUAUUACCAUUACCGUUUAACAGAAUUUUAACGAGUCGUCCUAAGGUCGAGUCGCGAGUCGAGACACUCUCAGUUCGAGUCACAAGUCGAAUCGAGUUGAGUCAUUUCAGUAUUUGAUCGAGUCAAUGCCAAUGGCGGUUCGAGUCAAGUCACUGGUUCCAAUCGAGACAAUUCGAACAAAUGGCUGAACUUGAGUUGAGUGAGGGAAUCUAUUCACGGGUUCGAUUCCCACCGUGGUCAGGCAAACUUUUCAGCUUGCCCGGUGUGGAUGCACACUCAUGCAGAGUAACAUCACAAACAUAGUAUAAACAGAAGUCAACAAUUUUUUUAUUCUGGGUAUUUCUUACACUUUUCAGGUCGACAUGUACGCAGGCAGUCUUUAUUUCAAGGAGGCGACCGGCCUGAGUAUUUAUGUCUCUUCCGUUUGUGUUCUUAUAAUAACAGCCGUCUACGUUAUCCUCGGUAAGCAAAUAGGGACCUUGAGCAAACAAGACGGCGACGACGAUGGCUAUUCACACAAUGAUAUUCCUGAUCUCGCACAAAAGAAAUGAAUAAUUAAAAGCCCCACGGGAGUUAGAGACGUUGUGUUAGUGCUUUUUACAACGGCAAAACAGAGACUUUCACGUCUCCUGUACAACGCAAACAUGUCAAGACGCGACAAAUGAAACUACAAAUUUGCUCAGCAGAAGCGUUUUUAACCAUAAAGCCUUUGUUUUAAUUUCUUCAAACUGAACUCAAUUCAUAUACUGACACAUGCAGUGGAUAAUACACAACAACUCUUCUUCGCAAUAAUUUAUUUGAAGAAGUUUGUUUUGGCUGUCGUCGUCGCGUUGCCGUCGUACAUGCUUAAGGUCCCUAAUGUUACGUGCAUUGCCCCGCUCAACGAGGAUGAGAGUUGAUGAGAGUUGCAACUUUCGCUCGUGUUUGAUCGCCACCUUUCAUCAACUUUGAACUGGUUCAAAUUUUGACUAGAAUUGAAACUAUUUGAUGAGUGUUUUUUAUACACGCGCGGUAAUAUCCGAUCAAUUCUCAUCAACUCUCAUGCAACUCUUGUUCUCGUUUGACCGCGAGGCACGAGGGUUGAGAAAACUCUAAUGCAAACUCUCGCUUCUCAAUUCUCAUCAACUCACAUUCUCGUUUGACCAGCGCUUAACAGUCGACCAUCGACUAUUUUCCGAGCACGCAAAACACAUGCACCUAUAUGCUGAUUGCUCUUCCCGGACGUUAUGGCCGAUCAUUUUUCCACAUUUAUAAUUUGAAUAAUUUCCCCUCGUUCUUGCAAAACCAAAACACAAUCCCUUUGCAAAGGAACUCAGAUAUUACUUAGUUAGACUAUACUAUAAUAUAAUAUAAACUAAGAAUUAUAAACUGAAAUUCCCUUGUUAAGGUAUUUUGUUCAAAUGAAUUGCUAUAUUUUAAAUUGAAUUAAAUUGUUCAAAUUUCGUAUGGGAAGUGAAAUUACAGUACAGUACAAUGCAAUUUACUGUGCAAAUUUUUUCUUUUGAGCCCUAAAAUAUAUAGUCGUUCGAUCAUAUCCGACCAAAACGUGGGUUGUAAGACCUUUUUAGGAUUAUAUUCAACUCUGGUUACGUGCUAACAACAUUAUUCGUACUGGAUAGCUCUAUCAGUUCCAAAACUGUUCUUCGUAGAGCUCCAGUCAGGUGCUAGUUUAAUGAUCCAGUGUUACUGCAAGUGAUGACUGAAAUUAUUAGUCAACAUACUGUAGGAAUCAUAUACUUCGUUCGCGAUGGGUCUGGGCAUAAUAUAAGGGUCUGGGCAUAAUAUAACCAUGAUGACAUGUUACAUAUCUUCUCAUUUUUCUCAGGUGGUCUUGAAGCUGUCACAUACACAGAUGUUUUACAGUGCACCAUUAUGUUGCUUGGUGGAGUUGUGUUAUCUGCUUUGGGUAAGGAAUAUAGGCAAUGUUCGAAAUAGUUCACUACAAAUUUAUAGCAGUGAUUUUUAUACCUUUGCCAAAGUGCCUGAAGCUGUGGAACUACGAACAUGGGCCCCACAAUAAAUAUACAGGGUGUAUGAAACUGACAAUAUAGUCCAAAUUCAUGUUUGCGUGUGUUAUGUAGAUAUACAGUUUAUCGAUAAGAUUUUAAAACAGCAGCAACAUUCAGCCAAUUGAGCUGUCCAUACAAUGAUACCUUUUGAUAUAUCAAUGAUAUAUCAUAAUAUAUGGUCAUUUUCCUUUAGUAGUGAUUUGUAUAUCAUAGAAUAUGGAGGAAAAUGACUAAAUAUAUAGUCUGUCAAGAUAUGAUGGUCUGGAAGCCCGGCAAACUUCAAAGCCACAAAAUAGAAGACCUUUGUUUGAUGUUGAACUGUACCUCACCGUCUACAAAUCCUUUGUCCCAGCUUCAUGAAAUAUUAUUCAUUGUCGUUGCACGUUUCAUCUCGGCUAUCCCUAUUGGAGGAUUAUUUCAUUAUACGAAAAUACAAUGAACUCAAUCACCGUGACCGUGCACGAAUUAACAUAAACUGCAGGGGCGGAAAAAGUAUCGGAGCACGGGACCAUUGGUUCCAGAAAAUUUUUUGAGUUCCCAGAAAAUAUUUCCCCAAGAAAGAAAAAUAUAUCUGUAAAAAUUUAUAUAAAAGGAUAAAUUUAGAGGAAAAACUCUAACCAAUAGAAAGAAUGCUACCUGUACUGCAGGUAUGACCUCAGCGUGCCCCCAGAUCCCUCCCUUUCUUGCGUCUGUAAAUUUACCUCAGGAUCAGACCCCUGAUGUUAUUUGAAUUAGUUCUGUCAUAUUCCUAAAAGUAUUAUUAAGAUUCUCAGUGCACUGUCACUGAAAUUAAUUUUUUCUGCGAAAAUAUAGCAUGACCAUCAAUUUGACAACUUGUUAGUAUUAUACAGUUACAGUGUCCAAGUACUGAUUUACUUGAUUUAUCACAGAAAUUUUUUUAUUGCCCUUUGUCGGUCCCAGAAAGUAAAUAUUUUUUCCACCCCUGAUAAACUGGCACGAAAACAUAAUACAAUGACUACGCUGAGAGUUUGAGUACGUUAAAUAGUGAUUAUUUUUCUUGUAGCAUUUGAUAAAGUUGGUGGUGUGGAAGCAUUAUGGGAUAAAUUUGGCACUGUUGCUAUUACUGCAGCAAACAUGACAAGUAAUACAACAAUGAGAAAUAUGAGUGAUUACAGUAAUACAACGUCGAAUGCAGGGUGCUAUAGCAUGACCCCAUAUUGGCCCAACAUGUUUCGUCCUGCAAGUGAUCCAGAGUACCCUUGGAUUGGAUUGUGGGUUGCCUUGCCUAUUAUUGGUAUCUGGUACUGGUGUACAGAUCAGGUGAGAGUGUGGAAGGGUGGUACAUAGUGAUUUUGGUGAUGAUGAUGAUGAUGUUGGUGAUGAUAUUGUGGGUUGUAAUUGCCUUACCUAUCAUUAGUGUUUAGUACUGGUGCACUCAUCAAGUGAGGUUAAGUGUUGUGUUAACUGUUGUGUUACGUUUUGUGAAAUUGAUGGUAAGAAGUGAUGUUUUGUUGGUGAUGGUGAUGAUGAUGGUGUUAAUGAUGAUGAAGGUGGCAAUGGUGGUUGUGGUGAUGAUGAUAGUGAUGAUUAUAAUUAUGAAGGUGGUGUUGGUUACUAUGAGUUGAUGAUGUGUUUGGUGAUGAUGAUGGUGGUGUGGAUAAUGAGGCUGAUGAUGGCCAUCGACUCAUGAUGGUGAUAGUAAUGCUGAUGGAAAUGGUGACGUUGAUAAUGAUAAUGAUAAUGAUAAUGAUAAUGUAAUCAUUACGAUAAUGAUCAUGGGCCUGUUGUUCAAAGCUGGGUUAGCUUAACCCUGGGUUAACUUAAAAUUCAAAGCAAACUUUCCAAGAGCUUGUUUAUAAAUUUGGAAAUAUUUCUUCAGAGAUCUUGUCUGAAUCAGCAGGAGUUUUCUUCUCUGAACUUUUGAAAUAAAUAGACAUGCAGAAAUCCAUAAACUAAAACAGCGGGUUAAAGUUUAAAUGAGGCUAGCGUUAACCCAGCUUUGAACAACCGGCCCCAGGGUGUUACGCCGUUUUCCCAAUUACGUUCAGCUAGCUUUUUCGCAAUUUAGGCCUUCUAAAAAUAACAUGACUACUACUACAAAAAAAACACAUAACAUUGUUCAACUUCAAAACAUCGCCAAAGAAGAAUUUGGAACCAGACCAGUGUUACAAAAAUGCCGUCUAGCCUAAAAUGUAUUGGACCGUUUUCAGUAUACAAAAAAUGUCGGCUGACGUCAAACGUUUGAAUUUAGCUCAGCCAAUCGGCCCAAUCAGCGCCUUGCGAUAGGCCACGAGACUGCCACUACUCAGACCGGUGUUGACGAAUGUAUCCUAAUACGAGACUUUUCUUGACUCAAUUUUGAAUAUUCCGGGCUAAUUGAAUUUCCCGAUUUGAUUAAAUUGCCGGGGUUUUUCCUUCCGCGGCUAACACCCUGAUGAUGGUGAUAGUGAUUAUGGGAAUGAUAAAAGGAAGAAAACUACCUAAAUUGGACCGCACACCGAUAUCCAUAUGUUUUUCCUAGGUUAUCGUGCAACGUGUUUUAGGUGCAAAGAACAUCGUCCACGCCAAAGGUGGCACCAUCUUUGCAGGUUUUCUCAAAGUCCUACCAAUGUGGCUCAUGGUGAUGCCUGGAAUGAUAUCACGUGUCUUGUUCCCGGACUCCGUGGGUUGCACAGACCCUGAGACAUGUAAACAAGCUUGUGGCAACGAGUUGGGAUGUACCAACGAAGCUUAUCCAAAGUAAGUCCACGUGGUUGGACAGGCCUUAAAAUAUCUUUUACAGGGCCGUCUGACAAAAUGUCCGAUGACGUUGAGUUUGGGUCGGACAUAUGUCCGAUGACCUUCAGUUCAGUUUUGACUUGGAAAUAAGUCUGAAUGACACAAAUGAAUAUCAGCACAAUGUAUUAAUUCUGAACGGUAAGUGUUGUGAAGAUAUUAAAUAAUUUGUUUCUUUCAUACUUAUUUCCAAGCCAAAAUUAACUUGCUUGCCAGAACAGCAGUAUUAAAAAAGACUUCGACAACUUAAGCCCGUUUUCCACUUCACCAUUUCGCUCGCCGCCCUGCGCUCGACUACGUUAAAACAACAUUUCCAGUUCACCUUUUAUACAAUAGUACUCUGAUUUAACAUGCAAGCCUCUAGUCCUGGGCUAGGGUAGAUUUUGAUUUACGAUGGACAAAGCUACAGUUCGGUCGGACACAAAUUCACUUAGGUCGGACAAACAACAAACCUCAGUUUCACUUAGGUCGGACAGAAUGUCCGGUGGUUUCCUCUCUACGUCGGACAAUUUCACGAAUGGGUCGGACAAUGUCCGUGACCGACAGAUAUUUUAAGGCCUGAUUGGAAAUUGUGUCAUUCAGUGCAUAUUAGGUUUUGUCCCACCAAGUUUUAUGGCAAUAAAAAUUAAGAUAAUUGCUUAAUUUUAUAGAAAUUGUAAAAUUAUAUAUAAAACUGCCGAUUUUUCAUAUCUUGCUUAGUUCUUGAAACAUUUUGAAACAUCUGCAAAAAAUGAGCUGUUCGCCAUCUUGGAUUAGUUGUGAUCUUAUUAACGAUAGUUUUGGUGACGUCGAGAGCAGGGUUAGCCAUAUAAAACUACUCCUAUGUGACUUAGUAACAAUUAGUGUCUGCUUAAAUCUGCUUGACCAUACAUUUUCUGCUUUUCGAAUAGCGAUUAGUGAAAUUUCUAUUGUUAGCGCGUGCCGAUUUCUUGAAACGAUUUAAUUGAUUUGUGAGCUUACGAGAAAAUACUCAGAAUGAUCUAGUUAAAUAUCAUGGUUAAAUAUGACGUAAGCAUAUCCAGGUUGUUAUACAUCCAUAUUUUCGUAUAUACUGUACUUUAACAAGCAAAGUUACUGUGCUGCGCUGCUGCAACUGUCCAGUCACGCAUAGGUAAUAAAAAGCCGAUAGAAACUUAUAAACAAAAGAUAAAGUAAAACGUAACAGAAUAGCGGACAUGCAGAUUCGGCCAUUUCAAAUAAUGGAAAUGUUGGGAUAGUAGCAUUGGAGACUGCAGAGGGGAGUGGGUAGUAAUGCUCCCUCGUGCACCACCCGGUGGAAAACUUGCACCCCUCAUUGCAGAUGAGGCUAGGUCCGGCCUGACAUGCAUAUCAAUGAUCUAAUAAUUGAAGAACUGAGCAACUUUUAAAGCUGUAAAACAGGUUUCCCCAUAAUUUUAAAACGUCGGGUUUUUUUCAGAUAUUUUUUGUCACAGAAUCGGUUUCGGGAGAUAAUUUAAAUUACUCACUCCCCCUUCAUCAAAACUCAAACAAUUUCCCACAUGUUUCUUCCCAAGAUGUCGAUGUUAUUUAACUAUUAAAACUUUGUAUUUUUAGGUUGGUGACGAAUAUCUUGCCAGUUGGUAUGGUCGGUCUGAUGAUGGCUGUCAUGUUGGCAGCUGUGAUGUCAUCUCUGUCCUCCGUAUAUAACAGUUCCAGUACCAUUUUUACCAUUGAUAUCUGGCAGAAGUUUAUCAGAAAGCAGGUGAGUGAUGGUGGUGGUGAUGAUGAUGAUGAUAAUAGAUUAUUACCACUAACAAUCGCGAUGGCCAAAGACGUUGCAUGCUUAGAAGCGUGGCAUAUACUGUAAAUAUGAGUAAUCAUGCUUUGAACAGGGAUAAAGGUGCUUAUUUGCCUGAAGAAUAUAUCCAUCUUGUUGUCAGAUGACGUCAUCCCGUGGGUAUAUAAGAAACCAUGUUUCCUCGAAACGUUGGAUUGUGAAUGCAGUUCGACUGGGAUUUGCAUUCAUUUAUAAAAACCACUGAGUAGUGAGCAAAAACAUGGAUGGUAAAGAUGGCGAUCAUGAUUGUGCAUGGUGAUGAUGGUGUCAUGAUAGUGGUGGUGAUGAUGAUUGUGAUGGUGCACGAUGAUGGUAAAGAUGCUGAUGACGGUGAUGAUGAUUAUGGUGGUGAUGUUGGUGUUGGUGAUGAUGGUGUUGGGGUGCUAAUGAUAAUGACAGUGAAACACAUGAUGGUGAUAUAUUGUUUUUAAAUUUUUAUAGGCAAGUGAAUGGGAGAAAGUCAUCGUUGGUCGAAUUGUUGUUUGUAUUCUAGUGGUACUUGGUUUACUCUGGCUUCCUCUGAUUGAUAGUAAGUACAAUUUCAAAUUUUUGUGCUAUGGUACUCUCAAACAGUAAAUAUCACGGGCAGGGGCGCCGGAAGCAAUGCGAAGCGGCGGGGGCAGCCAUUUCAAAAGGGCACUUGCUUCUCAGCCAUAAUGUUUCUGGGCAGCAAUAUUUGUUAAAACUUUACUGUAUGGAUACUCGAUUACUUCUGGCUAUUAUGGGUCGCAAAUUUCGACGUAAUAUAUGAACAACGAGAGCGAGUGUUUCACCGGGAUAUCCAAACACGACAAAACAAUGUAUGAAAACACGAGCGCGAAGCGCGAGUGCUUUCAUACAUUGUUUUCGAGUGUUUGGACAUCCCGGUGAUACACGAGCUCGAGUUGUUUAUAUGGCUUCUCAAAUGAAUCGAGACGUAACAGAAUGUUUUCGUUUGCUGAUUUGAAUAGAAUUCUUAACCAAGCAUAACGUAAUUAGGAAUUCUAUUCAAGUAAUUUUGCAUGUGUAAUUAAGAUAUUUGAUGAAAACACUAGUGACUUUCAUCAAGUUUCACCGGGUUAUCCAAAUGGCAUCUUGUGGUCAAAUAGGUGAUUGAUUAUCAUUGGCUGAAUUGCUCAAGAAUUAUUAAUGAAUAUGAGAAAUUAAUUUGAACAAUUUUAUUCGUUGCACCGUGCUAAAAGCGCAAUAUAAUCAGUAAACGGACGUAUAUUGCUUGAUUUAGCCCUGGGGCGUAGAGACGGGGAGGGGGCAAGGGGGCCAAGCCCCCCCCCCUAAAUUCUCAGAAAACCUAAAAAGUGCCCUUUUUCCGGUGGCAAAGUGCACUUUUCCUUCGUGAAAAUUUUUGUUCAGAUUGCAUUUUUGACUGACGGAUGUAGCAAAGCAGCAUCUGUGAGUCUUUGUGGUUACUUGAGUGUGAGGCAGUUAAUUAAACAAUGAGAAAUGACCAGCCUGCUUGGCACGCACUCUUUGCCUGUGAAUCGGGCCUUUCAGAACCGGAAAUCGGGCUGGAGCACGACAAAUGGCAAAAUUUGCGCGAUGCUCGUUUGCAAAAACAACUGCAAAAUGCUUUAUUCAUUUGAUUGUGGUGUCUUGAUAAUUUAUUAUACUCUAGAAUCAUGAAAAUAUAGAUAGUUGACGAAUAAAAUUCUAUAUGUUCGAUACAGAUAUGUAAACAAAUCCUUUGUUUACAUACGGACUGUACCGCAUCUUUAAACAUUGCUUAAAAAUAGUUCUAAACUCAAACUCGUGUGAAUAAUGCGCAAAUUUCGAGGUGCAGUUCUGGCAAAAACGGCAACCUGUUGCCCCCGUGCUGCCCCCGUGCUGCCCCCGUGCUGCCCCCGCAAUGUUUGGGCAAGGGGGCAGUUGCCCCCGCUGCCCCCAUGGCUCCGGCGCCCCUGAUCACGGGGCAGCAGACGGUGCUCAACAUCAGAAAUGAGAAAUACUGAAACUUAUAGCAGCAAAGAAAUUCUACUAAAUUUCUCUUUUAUUUAUUUGUCUCCAAAUAUAAGGAUAUCACAUAUGAUGAGAGACUUACAUUAUUUUUACCCUUUGAUAAGCCGGUUACAGACGAGCAAGUUUCUGCGACAACUUUUCUUAUUAUAUACCAAGUGUCAAAUUUGGUUCAUGUUUUCUUGCGUGUCAUGCAGUCGAGCGUAUCACCAUAGGUGAAAGUUACAAAAUUUGCAAGCUCUGAACGGUGGAAAUUACUUUUAUUCACCGGUGAAUAAUAAAAUCGUCGAGUUAUAAGCAAAGUUUUGCGUUUCUGUUUGUUGUUUUGUUUUCUUUGACACUUGAUUUAUAAUCAGAAUUAAAAUACUUAUCGAUUGGGACGUUCGGGAAACAGUACUGUAUAUGUUUUGUGGAUCCAAGACGCCAAUGCAUCCCUCAGCAAAUGAACUUGCUAACUUUUGAACAAUUAAGUGUAUUUUUCAUAGAAUAAAUUGGCAAAUUUAAAAUUUUUCUCGUCCGUAUGGCUGAACAAAUAGAAUUUGACAGAGUAAUUUGAGCACUUGCCUGCCUUUGUGUUUGUUGUAAUAUACAGCUUUCCCAUGAAAACCUGCUCGACAAUUCACGAUUCCCCAAGGACCAACUCAACAAAAGCCAUGGCGGCCAUGUUGGUGUUCCAGACAAAAGAGUCUAAUUAAAAUUCUUUUGAAUUGGAACACCAACAUGGCGGCUGUGACGUCAUGUGCAAACGCUCUAUACAGUAGUUCAAUAAUAAUUCAUAUCUCUAUUAUUUUUCAGAGGGAGGCGGUGGCCGUUUAUUCAAAUAUAUUCAAACCAUUCAAAUGUUGUUGGGUGCUCCUGUCAUGGCUGUGUUUUCUGUUGGCAUAUUAUGGCAUCGUGCGAAUGAGACUGGUGGCCUAGCAGGUCUGUAUAACAUGGUUUGCAGUAGAGGUGUGCAAAUCCGAUCCGAAUCCGAUCCGAUCGGAUUCGUUCGGAUUUCGGAACAAAAAUAUACAUUUCGGAUCGGAUCGGAUUGAUAAAGUUGUUUCGCGGUCGGAUCGGAUCGGACUUCGAUAUUCGAAAUAAAAUGAAUUAAUUAUCACGUAUUAUUGCAAGAAUUAAUUAUCCAUGCAUUUAUCAAAGCAUUAUCGCGGUUGUCGCUGCAUUUUUCGUUUGAUACUUCAAUUGGACGUCAAGAAUGACAUGUAUUUCUUGCUUUGCUAUUUAUUUGGUUAAACAUUUCAACGUGAAUGAGAAAUUUAUUUUGUUAAAGGAUUCUUCGGAUCGGAUCGGAUUGGAAUACUUUAUUACAACUCGGAUCGGAUAGGAUUUGGAUUAGACAAUUUCGGAUCGGAUUUUAAACAUUAGCCAAUUGUCGGAUUAUAAACGUCCAAUCCGAUCCGAUGCACAUCUCUAGUUUGCAGGGUUAUUAAUGUCUGAGUGCAAGUUGGAUAACUCUGUAAAUCGCGGUUUUAGAACCAGAUACUGAGAAUUAUUUAUAUCUGCUUCGACAUGGAAAAAAGUGGGAUUUUGGAAUCCUAUAUGCAUGCCUUAGCAAGAAAAUCGAGGAAUAUUUUCAAUUCUUCACAUAUUAGAGAGAUUUAUAUUUGACUUCCGCCACUGGCUUAGUACGCAUCUGAUUGGUUAAUCGGAUAUAUCAAAUGUAUCUGAUUGGUUAAUAGUCCAUUAAUAGUAGUGAUAGUGGAAGUCAAAUCUGAACCUCUCUACUGGUCUACUAUAUGUGUUACUUAAAGGUGUUUGAUAUCUGAUAAAACUGCCUAUCUUAUGAGUUCAUUGGCCAACGGUUUAAAAAAUCAAUGUUGUCUAAGCAGAGAAAAUCAAAGCCACCGACACGUAUAAAACCACCGACACGACAGUGAUUUUUCUUUUUCUCUUCCUCGUGAAUUAUUAAUGAGUUUUUUAAAUAUAUACCAUGAUACUGUCAUUUGAGACAUGUAAAUAAAUUGGGGUAAUGUACGUACGGUCAAAUUUUCCAUUGGUAGCAAAUUUUACCCAAUUUAAGUACACGAAAUAUUUUCGUAACGACUUAACGCUUGCCUUGGAGGACGCGCAGCAUUUCAAUUCUUUUUCAGAACCAUUCUCCGAGAUAUGAAAAACUACAAUCCUGGCAAAAAUUAUUGUGAACAGCGCGCGCGGAAAUGGAAAUACCUGGCCAAUAUACACGUGCAUGCAAAACAGCAAUGUUUAAGUUCCACCCUCCCCCCGGUUAAUGUUGAAAUUUAUACAUUGGUUAGGUGAAAGCUUUGCGAAAUGCAUGUCAAGACCAACAUUGUAGGGGGGAGUGGGGGAGAUAAAGACGCCAACAAGCCGGUAUGCCAACAGUAAUACUUUAGUUUACACCUCAGUGUCCACGAAAGUUCUGCCAGGAUUGUAGUUUCAUACUAGAAAUAUCAUGAAACUAGUUUUUCAUACCUCCGAAGAAAAAUUAUAACCAAUUGUCACUCAUGUUUCUAGGUCUGGUUAUUGGUGUUAUUCUUGGGAUGUCGAGAUUUAUUGCUGAGUAUAUACAUCCCACUCCAGCUUGUAAUGAAGAAGAUGUGAGACCAGCGUUUGCUUCCAUGAACUUCAUGUACUUUGGUAAGCACCACGCGUUAUCGUUUUGUUUUGUGUUGUCACCGAUUUUGACUCGUUGUCUUUUUAGUGCGUUUCAGUCAGAAUUAUGCGACAGCAGAUUUUAACUUCACAAAUUUUAGCUUCAGAAAUUAUUCAACUUCACAAAUUUUAACACUUAUAGCAGCCCGGAAACUGGCCCAAAAAUUUCUUAUUAAUCACCAAGUGUACUAAUCUGCUACAUAUAAUAAGGAAAAAAAAAAAUACCUGGGUUCCGGCCCGAUCCUCUCUGCUUCAAUGGGGACUGCCACACAGGCUAAAUCCUACCUAGCUUCUGGCUUGCACUGAAAUCGCCGUCCCUAAUCUUUCUAUUGAAGUUUCCAAAUGGAGCUAUUUUUCGUACCCAGUUCGUAGCGUUAGUUUUGUACUAGCUAUUUAAAGUAUACUAACAAGCUUUCAUUAGUAGGAAUGCAGCUACCUGAAAAAUAUAAGGAGAAUUUCGACGUUUCGAAGGGCCUUCGCUCGAAACGUCGAAAUUCUCCUUAUAUUUUUCAGGUAGUUGCAUUCCUACCAACGAAAGCUUGAUAAUAUUAUUUGCACUACCUAUAUAACCUGUUUCAUUCAAAUUGUUGAUAUAAAAAAUGUUUGUUGCAUCGGUGCUGCCGUAAUUGGAGCAGAAAAAAAGAAAACACGACCUACCCCAACAAGAGUUUGCAGUUUUUGCAACAGGAAAUAGGAAACCCAGUUAUUUUUUGCCAAAAAGGAAAUACAGGGUUCGUAGCGGUCUUUGAAAUCCUUGAAAGUAUUUAAAUUUGAAUGCAGGUCUUUAAGGUUUUUGAAAAGUCUUUGAAUUGUGUGAAAACGCGAAGAAAGUCUUUAAAAGUCUUUAAAUUCUUUAGUAAGUGUUUGAUUACACGAUUUCCUAGCUAAUAAAGUAGGUUGAUUGAAGAGCAAGGUUUUCGCAAAAUAUCGACGAAAAGGCGCAUUUUAGGAUGUGAUUUGACGGGACUAAUUACCAGGUAACAAUGGCGCUUACACUCGCAAUUUUUCGACAGCUGAUUGCUCUGAAAGGUCUUUGAAAAGUCUUUGAAAAUAGGCAGAACAACUCUUUGAAAGUCUUUGAAUUUUUUUGGUCUUGGAGACUACGAAUCCUGAAAUAUAUUAUUUUCUCACUCAAAAACUUGUUGAUACUAUCUCCCGCAUGAUAAUAUGCUUAGUGAAAUCCACUUUUUACAGAAACUGGUUACUACAGUACAACCAGUAGGGUAACUCGCCCGCUUUAUUUUUGGAAGUGUGAAUAUCCUUCGCAAAUGGUGGUAGUCUGUCUGAAGAAGUCUGCGUGUCAGGCUUGAAAUAGAGCCUGCUACUGAAUCAAAACGGUGAUUGUUAAUUAGAUUACCAAAAACUAGUUUAAAAUAUGACAAUAACGGCCAAUUUUCCGCCAAUAUCUUGAAAAUAAAUAUUCCAAUUUUCAUUAAACGGCCAGGAAUUACAUACUAAAUAAUAAUAACGGUUAUUGACCGUGUUUAUAGACAGCAAAGGCAGUAAUUAAUGCGGCCAAAUGUAUACAAUUACAAGUACGGACUAUCAUAUUACGUAAACAACAACUUUGAUAUUACCUUAGAAAGCAAGGCUAUUUUUAUUUCUGACCAGUGGGAAUUUUGCGUACGAUUCGUACGCAUAAAUCCACUUUUUACUUUUUAUUGACUUCAGUAACAAGCUCUAUUUCAUCAUAGAGUCUGAGACGCAGGCACUAUCUUGUGAGAAAAACUUUUCCCAAAAGUCUCUGAAUUAUCAUUAUUGUUUUUCCUAGGCAUCAUUCUAUUCUCUGUCACAGUAGCGGUGAUCGUUGCUGCAAGUCUCGUGAGAGAUGCAAUUCCACUCGAGGAUCUCGCGGGACUCACGUGGAAGACUCUUCAUGACAAGAAGAAACCUGAUUCAGAACCGAAUCAUGCAGGUUAGCAUAAGAGCAUAAGAUCCCAUGUUCGAUAAAAUUUUUGAUUCCAGUAUUCAGAUACGCAAACCGUUUACAGUACAACAUUAACCUCCCCCCUCCCGUCGACAACAUUUUCGGGAAAAAUUUGUACGACUUGGUCAAAAUCCUAGGAAAUGUUGGUCAAAACAUGACGACACCCCCCCCCCCAAUGUUUAUGGCUUCGCGACGUCCCUGCGUACAGUUACGUAAGAAGUAUUUUGCUUAAUUAAUUUAAAAUUAUUAAAAGAUGUCAAGUCCAAGAUGGCGGACGCAAAGCAACGUAGCCUGCGAACAGGCUCUCAAGCUGAAUUGAGAGCCUGCAUGGAUGACUAAUGAAUUUGAAUAUCUGCCCCGUAACGUUCGUUUUUCCAAAUAUGGAAUGUCUAUCCUUAUAUGGCGUUGUUUACAACUUUCGUGCAAACUAAAUUUAGACCGUGCAAACUAAAUUUAGACCGUACAGUUUGUACUGUUAUUCGAAAUAUAAGAUAUUCAAGCAAAAGUUUAAAUGUUUUAAAUACUGUUUUCUCGAAACAGAACACUUCGUGCUUUGAGAUAAGAUGGCCAAGACCAAUUUGAUCAGUUAAUGUGUUUUUUAUGCAUAGUGCUUCAGCAGUUGACAUAUAUAGAGCUCAGCGGAAACAUAUAAAUUAUAGCAUCUGACCAAUUAGAAUUUCGCGUCACGAUUUGAGACGCAGAUAUUCAAAUUCAUUAGUCAUCGAUGCAGGCUCUCAAUUCAGCUUGAGAGCCUGUUCGCAGGCUAAAAGCAACUAUGCAUUAUUAUACAUAACAAUGUAAUUUAUGCAAUUUUCGGCGUGAUCACAAAGGAAAAUUUCAACCAAUCAUAUUCCGCCCCGCGUUGUGCGGGGGCAACUGUACGGCAUUAGUGUUGAUUAAUCGCAGACUGUUUCUCCGCCGCUCCAGGGGGGUCGACUGAGAGCAGACUAAAUAUUCAACUACUAAGCUUGAAACUUGUGCUACCAUUAAAUUUUGCGCCCCUAGAUUUAGAGUUUAAGUGAAUGAAUUGGAUGUAUAAACAAGCUUAAGAGAGAGAAAUGCUUAUAGUCGCCAGAAAAGGUUGCAGAUUCAUUGAGGUAACCAUUUACAACUCGAUUUGUUUGGGAUUCAUAUGUUUCUAGCGACAAAGUCUCUAUUUUUUCCGGAUUCAAAGUUCGCCCAUACGGCUCCAAACGAUGAUGAUUUCCUGUCGGAUUAGCUGCAUGUGCAAAUCGGGCAACAUGAAUCCGGUACUAAAAUAUUUCGAUUCAUUGAUUGGUUAUAACGAAUUUCGCCAUUUCGGGAAGCUAUUAAUUCGUCGUUCUUGUUCAAAGUGACUAUAACGUUAUCGACGUCAUUUCCACGGUCUUAUAACCACGUUGGAGCUGAUAAACAAUAUUUGGCUCGAUUACAUUUCCAAUCAUUGAGCUAAAAUACAGUUAUGCCAUCUCCAAAGCAUGACUCGCUCAAAUAUUGAAGACUAAAAAGCAAUGUCAUGUAACAGUCAUAUGUCAAUACUAUAUAUCAAUCAAUCAAUCAAUCAAUCAAUCAAUCAAUCAAUCAAUCAAAGUCACAAUCAUAACCAUUUUCCGAUUUGUCAUGAGGCAAAUGGUGUCUCCAACGAAACAACAUGAAACUUUAGACUGCAUAAAUUUGCGCAAGCCGAGUUAUCAAACUCAUGUCACAGAAGUGGUAAAAGAACAUGUGUGAUGACUAAAUGGUAUCUAAACGGCUAAAGGUUUUGUCCAGGGGCGGGUGUUUAUUUUUAAAUUGAUAUCUGAGGUUGGGUAAAAAGGUUUUGACUUUGUAAAAGUCGGAUCAGCAAAAUUUUUACAAAGAAAAACAUUUCUUUUCGGUGCCGUCCUGCCUUUUCCAAAUCUGAGAUUGUACGCAGUGAAUAAGGGAUUUGUAGAACUAUAAUUGUGAGUAUAAUCAUUAUAAGUUAAUUUACAGUUAAAUGUUUGGAAAAAAAUGUUUUCAUAUCGCUUGGAUUUUUCGCGUCGUUCUCAAAAAUGUACCCCAAAAAUGGCGAAUUUGGCCUUCGUGAGAAAGGCUAUGAAUUGGUCAAUCGUGCUCGGAAUGAUACAAGAAAGGUAUCAUUCAAUAGCUAAAAUCCUAAUUUUUAUUCAUAUGGAAACAUUGAAUCUGCAUGUGAAACGUAAUAUUGAGUACACAAGAGCACACUAAUUUUGGAUUAUCUUUUUUUAUACACCCUGUAUUUUCUGAUUUUCGUUAUAUGUCUAUCCGUUUCAGAUGAGCAUGAACUGUCGCCUCGUCAAGAGACGGACAGCAUGAUGCCAAAAGAAAGCAACAGCAAAGUAUUGUGGGUAACAGCAAAUGGAGACGGCGAGAAUGUCUCCACGAUUGAGAAUGGACGGCUGACCGAUAGCGCGGGCGCUGAAGACGUGUUACAUCAGACACGAAAGGAGAAGAUUACCCUAAACUGUGGUACAGCUUGCCUCUUGUUCACACUUGCUGUGGUGUGGAUAUAUUAUAGGUAGAUCUACAUGAAGUAGAUUAGAUGAUAGAUUGUGACCGCAUGGCAUACGGUCUCGGGGUGUUUCUAUUGAACUCAUUUAACGUCCAAAAAACAGUUAUAAAACCGUUUUUCCCAGCCCGCGUGUAAAACGUAUAAAAGCCGUAAAAACGCCUCUUGGGAGGAGAGAGUGGGGAGACGUAUUGCCAUGCAUUGGGUCACUGAGAUUUGUUUGGCCGAUUUCACUACGUCUACUGGAUGUCGCGGGAUGAUGUCUUCGGCGGGUGUUUUAUCAUUUGUCAUUGAGAUCGGCAAAACAAAUCUCUGUGUAAAGAACUGUAUUUUAUGUUUUUUUGUCCAGUAUAUUGAUAUAUGUUUGUCUGUCUAUUUUAGUGUACCUAUAGUAUACAUUUUAUUGUUUCCGUAAUCCGUAUAACUGUACGCUGUAUUUAUUAUUAGUUGUACGCUGUAUUUAUUAUUAAAUAUUAAAAUAUUAUUUUGUCCAUAAUUAUAGUAAUAUUGUAUCAUGAG